UCAACUGCUCAGUUCAGAGAAACAGAAACUGAAGUAUUGUUGAGCUGUUGUCUGUUGUGUCUCUGUAUUUAUGCAGUAAAAUGGCAGAAGCCAGGAUUUCAGUGGAUCAGAAUGCAUUCACAUGUCCAGUGUGUCUGGAUCUCCUGAAGGAUCCAGUGGCCAUUCCCUGUGGACACAGUUACUGUAAGAGCUGUAUUACAGGCUGCUGGGAUCAGGAGGAUGAGAAGAGAGUCUACAGCUGUCCUCAGUGCAGACAGACCUUCAGUCCAAGACCUGCUUUAGGUAAAAACACCAUUCUGGCUGAAAUGGUGGAGAAACUGAAGAAGACUAAACUUCCUGCUGACUGUUACGCUGGAGCUGGAGACGUGCAGUGUGACGUAUGUACUGGAAGAAAACACAAAGCCGUCAAGUCCUGUCUGGUGUGUCAGGAAUCUUACUGUCAAACUCAUUUUGACCGUCAUGAGGAAUAUCACUCUCGUAAACCACACAAAGUGAUUGAUGCCACUGGACGACUGCAGGACAUGAUCUGCCGUAAACAUGAUAAAGAGCUAGAAAUGUUCUGUAUCACUGAUCAACAAUGCAUCUGUGUGCGGUGUAAGGAGUAUGAACAUAAAGACCACAACAUUGUAUCAACUGCAGCACAGAGGACAGAGAAACAGAAACAGCUGAAGGAGACGCAGAUAAAGAUCCAUCAGAGAAUCCAGCAGAGACAGAAAGAUCUUCAGCAGCUGAGAGAGGCUGUGGAGUCUCAUAAGCGCUCUGCACAGACAGCAGUGGAGGACAGUGAGAGGAUCUUUACUGAGCUCAUCCGCUCCAUUGAGAGAAGCCGCUCUGAGGUCACACAGCGGAUCAGAGAUCAGGAAAAGGCUGCAGUGAGUCGAGCUAAAGGACGACUGGAGCGACUGGAGCAGGAGAUCAAUGAUCUGAGGAGGAGAGACGCUGAGCUGGAGCAGCUUUCACACACACAUGAUCACAUCCAUUUCCUGCAGAGUUUCCAGUCUCUCUCAGCACCUCCUGAAUCUACAGACAAACCUGACGAUCCCUUCAGUUCUCUCUUCUCUUUUGAUGGCAUGAGAGAAUCUGUCCGUCAGCUGAGAGACAAACUGGAGGAUUUCUGUAAAGAGGAGAUCCAGAAGAUCUCUGAAAGAGUCACUUUCACCAACAUGAAUCUCAAGACCAGGAACGACUUCCUACAGUAUUCCCAUCAGCUCACUCUGGAUCUGAACACAGUGAAUGAAUACCUCCGUCUGUCUAAGAGGAACAGAUUUAUAACUGACACUGACACAGUCCAGCCGUAUCCUGAUCAUCCAGACAGAUUUGAUGUGUAUCGUCAGGUGUUGUGUAGAGAGAGUGUGUGUGGACGCUGUUACUGGGAGAUUAAGUGGAGUGGGACUGUGGAUAUAUUAGUGUCAUAUAAGAGCAUCAGGAGGAAGGGAGGGGGUAUUGAGUGUAUGUUUGGAUUUAAUGAUCAGUCCUGGAGUUUAGACUGCUCUUCCUCCAGAUUCUCAUUCAGACACAAUGACAUAAAGACUGUUCUCCCUGUAAAGUCCAUCAGCAGUAGAAUAGGAGUGUAUGUGGAUCACAGUGCAGGAACUCUGUCCUUCUACAGCGUCUCUGACACAAUGAGACUCAUCCACACAGUCCAGACCACAUUCACUCAGCCGCUCUAUCCUGGGUUUUGGAUUGGUUUAGGAUCAUCAGUGAAACUGUGUUGAUGUUUCAGAACAGAUUGUAGAGAGAUUUUACCCAUAAUACUUUGAGCUGCAUGAGAAAUCAGUAACAGUGAGAUGAUACAGAGUCUCUUAUUUCUCUUCAAUGCAUUAAUACAGCUGAAGUUUGUACAGUAUAAAAACCAUUACGCCUAUGGAAUGUCCUCACUAAGAUAGCAAAACAAACCUGUGUGAGUGACGAUGUGUAUUUGUCUUUUUUUCAAGUUGUACUUGUGUUGAUGGAAAUCACAUUCAUUUAGUUUUUAUUGUAGUGACACGUAAAUACAUAACUCAUUUUUAUUAUUACUAUCAAAAGCACCUUUCAGUUAAAUGAUCAAACACAGGGUUCAUUACAAAAUGAACAGAUUGAGGAUAGUGUGGUUUUGAAUAUUGAAAUAUCAGAAACAUUUGUGAACAAUGUAAAGAGUGAAGAUGUGAAAAAUAAUAUUAGUAGUGGAGAAAAUAGUGUUGGGAAAAAAAUCACAGUUAACAUGAAUUCUUUAGAAGAAAUUAAUGACUUUCUUGACUCAGUGUUUAGUAAUGUUGUUGAUGUAAAAUAGUACUUUCCGGAUAUGAAGAAAUUUAAAUUGGUGUUUUUGUUGCAAAAAAAAAAAAAAAAAAUUCCAGCUGAAAAAGAUGCUAAUAAAAUUAAGGAAAAGUAAAGUGCUAGCUUCAUGAAAAUAGCUUCAAUGUCAUUAUUUUAUGUCUUCUUGCUGAUAUUUAUAUGGGUGUGUUUAGAGUCGGAUCUUCAUGAGAACAUUAAACCUGUGUAAAAUGAGGGCAUUUUGUUUUGUGUAGAGUUUUGCAGAAAUCAUUAAGAAAAUUGGAAUAUAUGUGAAAACAGGUGAAAUAAAUUAAACGUUUUGAGAAA